AUGGCACCUAUCGCAGUCGACCCCGUCGUCUUGGCCUCCACACCGGUCGCCAAGACCCCGUCGUCCAUCGUCGCCAAAGGCACUGCCAUGGACGCCAUCUCGGACCUGGUCGACGAAGUCAACGUCUACCGAGGCACCCACCCUUCCGCAGCACAGCCCUCUGACGAAUCCGACGAAGCGUGGCGCACCGAAGGCUCGCGCUUCGACUCUGAGAAGGACAAAGCCGACUUUCGUCGCUACGAAGACGCUCUCGACCACGUAAAGACCUUCUACCUCACCCAACACACUAAGCAGACGGUCGCCUUCAACAUCGCGGCGCGUGAACGCUUCCUUAAGAACCACCAUGCGAGCAUGACCGUGUGGGAGGCGAUUGAGAAGCUCGACACGCUCGUCGACGAGUCGGACCCGGACACGUCGUUGAGUCAGAUCCAGCACCUGCUUCAGACGGCGGAAGCGAUGAGGCGCGACGGCAAGCCGGAUUGGAUGCAGCUCACGGGUCUCAUCCACGACCUCGGCAAGCUGCUGUGCUUCUUCGGCGCCGAUGGCCAGUGGGACGUCGUUGGCGACACCUUUGUCGUCGGCUGCGCCCCUCAGGGCACCGUCUACCCCCACACCUUCGAGGCCAACCCAGACACCCACGAUGCGAGGUACAACACCGAGUACGGCAUCUACCAGCCCAACUGCGGGUUGAAGAAUGUCAUGCUCAGCUUUGGCCACGACGAGUACCUGUACGAGAUUGCCAAGCGCGAGUCGACGCUCCCGCAGGCGGCGUUGGAUAUGAUCCGAUACCACAGCUUCUACCCGUGGCACCGCGAGGGAGCGUACCGUCACCUCUGCGCUCCUGAGGACGACCAGGCCCUUGAGAACGUCCUCGCUUUCAACCCGUACGAUCUGUACAGCAAGUCCGACUCCCCGCCCGAUGCCACCGAGCUUAGGCCCUACUACGAAGGUCUCAUCGAGAAGUACUUCGGCGGCAAAGACCGUAAAAUCCAGUGGUAA